AUGGCAUCUACUACCAAUCCAUUCGAUUUGCUGGGCAAUGACGUUGAAGAUACCAACGUUCAACCUCCAAAACCACCAAAGGAGCUUGUAAAGAAGAACACCUCUUCUAAGAAGCAAGAUGUUCCACCACCAUCUGCUGAUCCAUCUAGGGCCAACAAGAACAGACCAAAGCCAACUGGUAACGAAGCUGCCAUCAGAGACAGAACUAGAGAAAAGAACAAGAGAAGAGAUGUUCCUGCUGACACCAAGCCAAAGCAUCCAAAGUCCAAGAGCGGUGACCGUCACUCUAGAACUGCUAGAACUGAUUCUCACAAGAAGGAUGUUCAAGGCUGGGGUGAAGGUGCUAACAGAGAAGCCGAAGCUGAAGUGCAAGGUGAACAAGAUGCUCAAGACGAAGAAGCUGAUGAAUCUGAAGAAUCCAAGCAAAACACUCCACCAAAGAUGUCUUUGCAAGACUACUUGACUGCCGCUUCUGGUAGCGGUUUGAACAAGAAACCUGAAGCUAAGAAGGCUGCUCCAAUUGAAGACGCUCAAUUGAUGGUUAAACAAGAUGAAGUUCUUGUGGAACCAACCAAGGUCAAGAACGUCAAGGGUAAGCAAUUGAAGACUAAGGAAUUCUUGGACUUCGACGCUAAAUUCGUUGACACUAGCAAGCCAUCCAGAGGUGGUGGCCGUGGUGGUUUCACCGGUCGUGGUAACCGCCAAGGUGGUAACCGUGGUGGCCGUGGUGGUAACCGUGGUGGCCAAAGAAAAGUCAAGGACAACAACCCAGUUCAAAAGAAUGCUGAGAUUGAUCCAAAGAACUUGCCAACUUUGUCCUGA